GCUCCAUGCAAAACAAAAACUUAAACAAUUGAGUGAUGGAUUACCAGAGGGAAAUCGACGCUUGGCGUUACAACAGGAGUUCCCUGAAUCGUGCGAACUGGAUCCAGAGGACUGCGGUUCUCAGGAACGCCUUCUCGAAUAUCGAGUUCGGUUCAAGAAGUUUCGAUCAUUCUCCGUUCGUCCCGAUCCUAAGCGUCGUGAUGCUCGUUAUAACCGUUCUCCUCUUGAUAUUGUUCCGGCAGAAUCCUGGUCUCGUUGCAGGAACCGUUGCAGGAUGUCUCAUCGUCAUCGGAAUGUACCUCACCCUCAACACCAUCGAAGAGAACAAAGUCACGUUCGAAUGAUUCUUAACUUUAUUUUUACCAAAAUUUUACUUCAUU